CUUGAGAAAAACAGUAAAAACACUAACAAAACGCAAAAUCGAGUCUCAAACAAAUCUCAGUUUCCCACUUGAAUCUAAAAGAGAGGUAGAAGAGGAAACAACAAAACAAAACAAAAUUCGAUAAUUGAAGAAUUUGCAAAGAUAAGCAGAAAACUCAUAACAAUUUUGUUUUAUCUUCCUUCGUCUUCGUCUUCGUCUUCUUCGUAAAAAGAUAGCAACAAUCGAAGAAGAGCUUGAAAUGGGCCACCACCACGACGGUGGCGAUGGCGUCCCUCAACAUCAUGUCAACAGCCCUCGAUUUUCCGGUCCUAUGACCCGUCGUGCUCAAUCAUUCAAACGCGGCGGUUCCGGAGGUAGUAGCAGCAAUACUCACGUCGGUGAUGGCAACAACACUUCGACCUUGAGAGUUCAUCACGAGAUCGAUCUGCCGCUUAACUCACCUAGAUCAGAGAUUGUUUCUGGUUCUUCCGGUUCAGAUCCGAGCGGUGGAUUUGAUUCUGCUCUCAAUAGAAAGCAUCAGACGUAUGGUCAGUUGAGAGAGAGAGUUGUGAAAGGUUUGUUGAGGAAGCCCAUGGGAUCGGUUGUUUCGGAUUUUAGUUUGAGAGAGAGGAAGAAACUUGGCCAUUGGAUGUUUUUUGCCUUUUGUGGUGUUUGUUUGUUUUUGGGUGUUUUCAAGAUUUGUGCUACUGGCUGGCUUGGAUCUGCCAUUGAUGGUGCUGCUUCCCAUCAGGAUUUAUCCAACUCAAUUCCCCGAGUAAAUCUACUUGAUCAUAGCUCCCAUGAUUAUAUCUAUAAAGAUGGAGGGAAUGAUGUUGAUCCAACUUUGGUUAUGGUUGCUUCAGACGUUGUGGGUGACCAAAACAGUGUAGUUGAAUAUUCAGGUGUUUGGGCAAAACCUGAGAGUGGAAAUUUCUCGCAGUGCAUUGACAGUCCAAGGAGUCGCAAAAAGUUAGGUGUUAAUACGAAUGGCUACCUUCUCAUAAAUGCUAAUGGAGGACUAAACCAAAUGAGAUUUGGGAUAUGUGAUAUGGUUGCAGUUGCUAAAAUUAUGAAGGCAACUUUGGUUCUUCCCUCACUUGAUCACAGCUCAUAUUGGGCAGAUGACAGUGGCUUUAAGGAUCUAUUUGAUUGGCAACACUUCAUAGAGGAGUUGAAGGAUGAUAUUCACAUAGUUGAGAUGCUGCCAUCAGAAUUAGCCGGAAUUGAGCCUUUCGUUAAGACACCUAUAUCGUGGUCUAAGGUUGGUUACUACAAGAGAGAGGUCCUUCCAUUGUUGAAACAGCAUAUUGUAAUGUACUUAACUCACACUGAUUCUCGGCUCGCAAACAACGACCUGCCUGAUUCUGUACAAAAGCUUCGUUGCCGAGUAAAUUAUAGGGCACUUAAAUAUUCAGCUCCAAUAGAGGAACUGGGAAACGUUCUAGUUUCUAGAAUGAGGCAGAACAGAGGUCCAUACCUUGCUCUUCAUUUAAGGUAUGAGAAGGAUAUGCUGGCUUUCACAGGCUGCAGUCAUAGUUUGACAGCUGAAGAAGACGAAGAAUUACGGCAGAUGCGGUAUGAGGUUAGUCAUUGGAAGGAAAAAGAAAUAAAUGGAACAGAGAGAAGAUUGCAAGGUGGUUGUCCGUUGACUCCAAGGGAAACCUCGCUUUUACUAAGGGCUUUGGAAUUCCCAUCCAGCUCCCGGAUUUACCUCGUAGCUGGUGAAGCAUAUGGAAAUGGAAGCAUGGAUCCUCUCAACACAGACUUCCCCAACAUUUUCUCACAUUCAAUUCUUGCCACCAAAGAAGAGCUGAGUCCUUUUAAUAACCACCAGAAUAUGUUGGCUGGUUUAGAUUAUAUUGUUGCACUUCAGAGUGAGGUAUUUCUCUACACAUAUGAUGGGAACAUGGCAAAAGCGGUUCAAGGUCACAGGCGAUUCGAGGACUUCAAAAAAACAAUAAAUCCAGACAAGAUGAACUUUGUGAAACUUGUUGAUGCGUUGGAUGAGGGGAGAAUUUCAUGGAAAAAGUUCAGCUCCAAAGUGAAAAAGCUACAUAAAGACCGAAAUGGAGCUCCAUAUAACAGAGAGCCGGGAGAGUUCCCGAAGCUGGAAGAGAGUUUCUACUCAAAUCCUCUUCCCGGGUGUAUUUGCGAGAAUACAGAAGAAGAGGGUGUGAUGCGACGUACAUAAACAUGGAGAGAUGUUUCUGGUAAUAUUUUUUAGUAGCCUGAGAUUUACAGUUAGCAAAAAAAGAAGAAGGGAAUUGUGAUUUUUUGUGUCCUGAAGCUAGAGAGGGUGAUGAUUACCAAAGCUCAAUACUAGAAAAUGGUUUCAGAGACAGAUUAGAGAAGUACGGAGACAGUAUCUUACUGGAAUCGUUUAUAAGAAAGAAACUCCGCUCAAUUGUUCAUCAUCAGUCCAAUUUCUACUGAUAAAGCUCGGCUUCAGCUAUGCCAUGGAGAUUUGUUGAAGUGGGUAAACAAAAUAGGAUUCACAUUGUUUGUAACACUACAAUUGUCAUUUUUUCUUAACUCAGAACAACUCUUUUUGUUCUUUUCCACGCAUUAAUAACAUAGAAUAUAUAUUUCUGCAGAUAA